AUGACGGAGGACGAGGAGGUGCUGGUCAUCAACGCCUGGCACCGCCUGGAGGCGGUGACGAUCGACGAUCCGAGUCCGGAAGCCAUCUCGCAGGAGCAACUCUUGUGGUGCGAAACCUUGCGGGCCUUGUCGGAGACGCCGCCCUGUGCAGAGGCGUCAGUGCCUGCGGCGCGGGUAAUCCUGGCAGACGAAGGUGUGGCCUCCUACGAAGAGCUUCUGGACAGCCCCAGCGAAGAGGGCAGCGGAGUCCCGAAGGAGGACGCGGCACGGCUGGCCUCCUUGGCGUUUCUGCGGCAGUACGCCAGCCGGGCCAUCCUGGAGGAAGAGCUCCUGCCGCGGCUGCUGCCGACGGGGCGGGGCACGGUGCGCGUCUUCAGCGCGGAGCUGGCGGACAGCGAAGGCGGCGCGUCGCCUCUCCAGGGCCUCCAACCGCCGAGGCCCAAGACUCUGGACGACUUGUUCUGCGAGGAGCCGGACUUCCGAAAGCCCUCACACUUCGCCACCGGGAUCGAUGAGAACUUCCCCGGCGGACAUGAAGAUCCUCUCCUGGGGUACGACCUCACCUCCGUGCUUUUGCUGGGUGAAGAGUCAGGCUUCCUGCUGGCUUUCCACUGUCUGCAGGCAAAGGAUCCCUGUGCAGUGUGAGCCUGGAGCCUUCAGAAAGCCUUUCGGAAGGCCCCCAAACGUGCCUGGUAGUGCGACUGAGUGUGACCAAAUCCACCCUUCAGGACCUUGG